CUGGCGGGUCCCGCUGUGACUGAACCUGGGCCGAGAGUUCUCACUUUCUGACGAAACGGAUCCACGUACCCCCGGGCUUGCGUUAGAUCUAAACUCGGCUAAGCACGCCACUCCCCGACGUCUUUCGCCCGACUUCCAUAGCACCACUCCACCGUUCUUAAGCCCAGUUUCAUAGAUCAUUUCUUAAUCUUCUUCUUCUUCAUUGAGAUCUGGCCUGACGGACAAAGUCACAAAGGACGGUAUUCUGGACUGGAAUUAAUGGUGCCGGUGACGCCCUCAUAUUAGCCAUCGAACUGAUAAGAUGGACAAAAAUAAGACCCGAACGGAUCUCCUUGCUGCAGGCCGGAAAAAGCUUCAACAAUUCAGGCAGAAGAACAAAGGGAGUAAGUCCUCUGGCAAGCAUAGCAGAUCCGGGAGUGAUGCACAACACAUUCCUGGUACAGAAGGACCAUUAGAAUGCAGCAAUCAUGAAAUGUCUUUGUCAGAGUGGCAUACUAUAGAAGACACUGUGGACUCUAGUACUAAUCAUCCAUCUGUAGAUGAACUAGAGACUGGAGGACUUGAAUCAUCAGCAAGAACAAAAGAGUUGGAAAUGCAGACAGAGGCGAGUGUGUAUGCUGAGGAUCCUUGCAAAGUUGAACUUUCUGAAACACUAGCUGAGGAUCUAAGGUUUGUUAGUUCAGAGCCAGUACCUGUUGCAUCUGAAGAGAAACCUACCAAGUCAGCUCAGCACGAGCCUGAUGACUUGGUGACUUAUCCCAAUUCAGGCAAUAAUAGCAAAUCACUUGCUCCUAGAGUAGAUGAGGAAAUGCAGCAUGGCAUAGAGCAGGGGCAAUGCAGGAGCCUUACAAUCCAGAUCCAGAACAAGUUGAUGCAAAGAGUGAGGUAGAGAUUGUUGCGGAGAAUACACAUUGUUUAAAUAAGUUUGGUGCUCAUGUUAUUGAUCAUGCAACGCCUGGUGUAGGGGAGGGUGGAGUUACUAGGGAAAAGAAUGAAACAAACCAUCCCAUAGAGACGUAUGGUGUUACAUCAAGUACUAUAGGUUAUAAAGAUGCAGAAGAGAGGGAUGUACAAUCAAUUCCGCUUGAGCCUUUGCAUGAGGGAGUAGCUACUGUGAGUCCUCUAGUGGUUUGUAGCCGGACAGAAGGUGUUUCACAAAUCCAUUGUGUUUCAUCUGAUUGUGAUGGUGGCCACGUGCAAAGGGUGAAUCCUUAUGGUUCUUUUGAUAAAGAAAAAAAUGUUCAAUUUUCAUCUGUCCAAAGUGCUUGUUCAAUCAACCUGUCACAGCUUGCAGAUGUUGUAAGGAGACUUGAUGAUGAUGAGUUCAAGUCCUUGUUCAUGUCUAGAGAUUCAGCUGUUAAGGCAUUAAAGAGUGCGGAAACUUUGUUUGCAUCCUCGUCCACCCUAUUUGAUGUUUUUGAAAGAAUGAAGGAGCAACUAUACCUUGCGAGUCUUGUAAAAGAUGUCAAAACCGUACAGCUCAUGGAAGAGUCAGAGUUACAAAUUUCUGAAGCGAAUGCAUCAGUGAAUCAGCUUGAAGACAAGAAUGGAAAACUUGCCAAUGAGCUUGAACAAGUUAGAUCUGAAUUAAAGGUGGUUAUUGCUGAAAAGAAGGAGCUUCGUGAACUCUUUCAAAUCUCAAAAGCUGAGGUUGUAGAUCUUUCUGCCAGAGUUGAUGAGUUGCAGAUUAGAUUAAACAUGUCUAUGGAGGACCUUGACAACCUCUCAGCAGAGUUGGCUGCCUGCAAAAAUUUGGUGUCAGCUUUUGAGGCUGAAAAGGAAAACCUGGGUGCAAAUCUUGAUUUAUUAUCUGAGGAGAAUAAGAAGCUUGAGGACGAGAGGGGGAGCUUUGUGACUGAAAUUGAGAAAUUAGGAAUGGAAUUGGCACAAUGUAAAAAUUCAUUUCUAUCAUUGCAGUUACAAAAUCAAGAUUCUAACGAGAAUCUUACUUUUUUGAACGCAGAGAGAUGUAAGCUUCAAAUGGAAAAGGAAUAUUUUGUCUGUGAGAAUGAUAAACUACUUGCUGAAGUGGCAGACUGCAAAAAAACAAUAGAAGCACUUCAUGCAGAGGAGACAAACUCAAAUGUGCUUUUAAAAUCAGUAACCGAAGAGUCCAAAAAGCUUUUGGAAGAAAAACACUCUUUGCUUAAUGAUUCCGUGAAUCUAGAAGCAGAGUUGAGCGUGUCUAAGGUUUCAAUAGAAGCUCUCCAGAAGGAAGUUUUUGAUAAAAGUACACACAUGACCUCUUUAAUGGAGGAAAUAAAUAAGCUUCAUUAUGAGAAGCAACAAUUACUCAUCAAGAAUGAAGAAUUAUUGCGGGAGUUGACUGAAUCAAAAGACUUGGCUGCUCAUCUGCAGGCACAAUGUAGUGUGGCUGUAGAUGACCUGAAGUGUGCAACUUUGCGAAACGAAGAACUAGCUGAAGAAAAUUUGCAUCUGAGCAGUAGUUUGGAAUUACAGGAGUCCAAGAUCAAAGAAUUUGAAAGCCAAAGUAAGUCACCCUCUAAAUCUAAAGAAGCUGGAAGUCGAUCUGCAGGCGCCCAUUCUGCAGUCCAGGCAGAAGAUAGUGUAACUGAUAGUGAUGGGUCAUCUCGUUUUUCUAGUGAAGGUGACUGUGUAAAUUUCUUCUCAAGGAUCCACAAUAUUUCAUCUGAUUAUAUGCAGAAUGGUUUGCUUCAGUUUCAAUUUAUCAAAAAACAUCUUGGUGAGGCAGAAAGGGUACUUGCUGAUCUUGAGAAGACUGUUGAAGUGAUUCACGCACACUCAGCAAGGGGUGAAGUGAUCACCCCCAGAAUAUCAAAACUCAUUCAGGCUUUUGAGUCAAAAGGCCACAUGAAUGACAAUCUUUCUGAGGAUCAACAUCCAUCAGAAAAUCAUUCAGAUACAGAUCCUUGUGUGCUUUCUAAGAAGCAAAUAUUAAACCUACACGGUUUGCUUAAAAAUAUACUUCUAGAAUCUCAAAAUGCUUGCAAAUUAUUUGAAGGAGAGAUGAGGAAUAACAUUGAAGCUGACACCAUGUUUGCAGAGCUGAAAGCUAAACAUGAGUCUUUAGUUCAGCACUCUGAUCUUUUGGAACACACAAACAUGGCGCUAAUGGUUCUCAAUGAAACUUUAGCCCAGUGUAUCAGCAAUGCCAAAUCAAAGGAAGGAGACUUUAGGGCACUUUACGAAUCACUGCAGAACAAUCAAGCCACAUUGAUUACAGAGAACAGUUAUCUUAGGGAAGAAUUACACAACCUUCAUACUAGAACUGGUGAAUUGCAGCAUCAGCUGGCUGAUAUGCAACAGAGCUGCAAUAAGAUGGUUGCAUCUUCUUCUAAUCAAGUGGAAGCUCUUAAGAAAGAAGUGGCUGACAGGGAGUCAAUACGGGAGGAAGAGUGGAAUUCUCUUGUUUCUGAGGUUAUGGAGAAACUAAGUAAGCUAGACUCGUCUACUGUAACUGCUAGCUCCUCUUUGUUAGCUGGAAGAGAAGGAUUUGAUCGCCUUGGUCUAAUCAGUCAUAUUGCUUAUUCUGUAGACAAUGCCAUUAAAUUGAUUGAUGCUCUGCAGGAACAAACUGAAGCCGCUGUCAGUAGCUUCAAUGAAAUAAAUAAAAGGUUUGAUGUCCUACAAGCUGAGAAGGAGAUGAUAGUUGGUCUAAUUUAUAGGGUCUACAGGAAUCUCGUUGAAAUUGUUGAUGAGAUGCCUGAUCAAGUAGGAGACGCUGAAAUUACCACAAAUAAUGAGAGACCGGCAGAUCCUUUUCUUCCUGGUGUUUUUGACACCCUUUUGGAACAGUUGCGGAAGCUAAAUAGUGAGCGCCUGCAAGUGGAGCCUAUGAAUUCUGAGCUCACUUCAGAAAUGGACAAAAGUAAGGAAUUUGAGGAACUGAAGAAAUGUUUCUUUGAUUCAGAUUCUAUGUUAAAGUGUGUUGGAUUAGUUGAAAGUGUGAUUGCACUUGAUGGAGUUGAUAUCAAUGUGGACCAACCUGCUAUCUUUGUACAGUCUCUGACUUAUUUCUUGGUUCAAAAAUACAAAGAUGCCAUUGGGCAGGCAAAGCUGCUCACAGAGAGUGAUGCUUCCAAGGAAAAGCAAAUAAUUAAUUUGCAAAAACAAACGGAUGAGCUCAGUUUGUUGUGCACCCAAUUGGAAAAUGAGAAUUUCAUUCUCAAAGAAAGCUUGAGGAAAUUGAAGGAGGAUGCUGCGGCUCUACACUCACAACUAAAUGAGAAGGUUUCUGAUACUGAGCAGUUAGAUCAGCGCGUGGCAUCACUUAGAGAAAAGCUCAGCAUAGCAGUUUCAAGAGGGAAAAGUUUGAUUGUACAGCGUGACGUUCUUAAACAAUCUCUUGCAGAUACGUCAAGUGAACUGGAGAAACUCUCACAGGAAUUGCAUUUAAAAGAUUCCAGGCUCCAUGAACUUGAGAUGAAACUCAAGACCUGUUCAGAGGAUUCUGAGCGGAUGGAAGCUCUUGAAUUUGAACUCUCUUACAUUCGAAAUUCUGCUACUGCAUUACGUGAAUCAUUCCUUCUCAAAGACUCGGUUCUUCAGAGAAUAGAGGAGGUCUUAGAAGAUUUGGAGCUCCCAGAACACUUUCAUUCCCAAGGUAUUCUUGAAAAAAUUGACUGGCUGGCCAAGUCAGUGUCUGCAAACUCUGUGCCCUUAACUGAUUGGGAUCAGAAAAGUGCUGUUGGAGGAUCUUACUCUGAUGGAGGAACUGGUGUCAUGGAUGGCUGGAAAGAGGAUACACAACAAAGUUUGAAUUCUUUAGAAGACCUCAGGGUAAAGUAUGAAGAUCUGCAGAACAAAUUUUACAGGUUAGCUGAACAGAAUGAGAUGCUCGAACAAUCUUUGGUGGAAAGGAACAAUCUUGUUCACCAUUGGGAAGCUAUCCUGGAUACAAUAGAAAUGCCUUCACAGCUGCGGUCUGUGGAGCCAAAUGAUAAGAUUGGUUGGGUUGCUUUUGCCCUUUCAGAGGCUCAAAACUAUUGUAAUUCUCUCCAGCAGAAGAGUGAUAACUUUGAAACUUUGUUUGAGGAGUCAAAUAGAAGAUUAUCUGAGCUUGAAGCUUCAUUCGAAUCCACCGUCAAUGAGAAAGAGGUGAUCACAAGAAUGCUAGAGACUGUUACUUGUGAUCACGAGAAAUUAUCAGAAAAGGCUGCCCAAUUUGCAACCGAGAAUAAUGAAAUGCAAAAUGAGAUUAGUUCUUUGCAAGAAAAAUUGGCUGAAAUGCUUGGGAUAGAGGAACACAUUCAUCAUAUUUCGGGAGAAAUAAAAAGAUUGCAAAAUCUGGUUAGGGAUGCCAUCCAUGACGAUGUCACUGAUGAUCAACUACUUGGUGCUGAUGGCAUUAAAUAUUUGGAGCAAUCACUGAGAACGCUUAUACAAAAAUAUACUGAACUAUCUUUUAGCAAAGCUGUUGAUGAAGAUGCAGCAGUUGAACAUGUUUUGCUGGUUGAUGGGACUGAAAGUGAACAAGGAACAAGUGAAUCAAGGUAUGCUGAGGACAGAAAGAUGGGGGGUGAUGUGGGUGACAAGCUAUGCUUGGAGGAGGAGAGAGCUAGUUUUGUGGGGAAUAAUCAAUCUUUGGUUUCUGAAAUUGAAGCUCUGAAUAAAAAAAAUAAGGAAUUGUUGGAGCUGCUUCAUCAGGAGGAGCUGAAGAAUCAAUCAUUGGUUUUUAAAGUUGAAGCUUUGACUACUAAUAAGAAGGAAUUGCAUGAACUACUUAGUCAGGAGGAACUGAAGAAUCAAUCUUUGGUUUCCAAAGUUGAAGCAUUGAAUGUAAAUAUGGAAGAUUUGCAGGUACUGCAUAGCCAGCAGGAGCUAAAGAAUCAUUCUUUGGUUUCUGAAGCUGAAUCUCUGAAUAUGAAAAGUAUUGAAUUGCAGCAACUGCUUAGUCAUCAAGAGCUGAAGAAUCAAUCUUUGGUUGCUGAACUUGAAGCUCUGAAUAUGAACAAGAAAGAAUUGAAGGAACAUCUUAGUCAAGAGGAGCUGAAGUCAGCUUCCUUAAGGGAGAAACUAAAUGUUGCAGUUAGAAAAGGUAAGUCAUUGGUACAACAGAGGGACAGCUUGAAGCAAUCAAUUGAAGAGUUAAAUAUUGAUCUGGAAAACUUAAAAUCUAAAUUGAAACUCCAGGAAACUGUUAUUUCAGACUUUGAGCAAACGAUGAAAGAUCAGUCUGUAUUACAAGAAAAAAUGAAGAGCAUAGAAUCUGAUAAUGUGCUUCUGAGAAGUCGUUUGGCUGAAACUGAGUGCUAUUCACAGGAGAAAGAUCAUAUUUUGGCUAAUAUUUUAAAUAUUUUUAAUGGAACCAACCUUUCUGCCCUGUCUAGUAUCAGUAGCCCCGUUGAGAAGGCCAAACAUGUCAGCAGUGUCUUCCUAGAUUUACAAUCUGCUCUAACCUCUUCUGAACAAGAGGCAAUAAAAUCCAAAAGAGCAGCAGACCUGCUGCUCGCUGAAUUAAACGAAGUCCAGGAAAGAAAUGAUGGUCUCCAAGAGGAGUUAGAAAAUGCGCUCAGUGAGGUGUCAAGGUUAUCCAAGGAAAUGGAUUUUGCUGACUCUGCUAAAAAUGAAGCAAUAGAGAAUUUUGAAAAAUUAUUUGCUGCCCACUCUGAAGAAAGACAACAUCAAUUAGCUGAAUUUGUGGAACUAAAAGCCAGCGUGGAGCAAUUGAAGGUUGAUCUCUCUGUUGUUAGAAGUUCAUUCAGAGAUGUGCUUUCAAACUAUUUGGAGAUUUUGCACAAUGUUGGAGCGAACCUAAAUGUGUUCACAGAAUCAAGUGAUGCUUUGACUAGUGUUGCCCUUAUGGGAACUGCUGUUCCAUGUUGCACUUUCUCUAUUACAACAGAAAACAAGGCCUUUGUUGUAGAACUGAGUUCUAUUAGAGAAAUGUUAGAUGAGCACUGCCAACUGAUGUACGACGAAGCUAGACAUAUAACUGAAAGUUUUGGACGUAUUCAGGAAGAGAUAACGUUACAAAAACAGUUAUUUGACUCAAUGAAGAAAGACAUGGCAGAUCUAAAAUGUAUCGGGAAGGAGAAAGAUUCUGAACUGCUUCAGAUGCGUGGAUACAGUUCGUUGCUUUAUGAGGCUUGCACUAGUGCAGUUUAUGAAAUUGAGAAUGGGAGAUCACAGUUUUUUGGAAAUGAUUCUGUCUCUUCUGUUCCUAGAAGUACUUCGGUAUCCUGGAAUUCUGUUGGUGAUGGAUCGACCAGAGACAAUAACCCUUUCUCUGAAGAUACCAUUAGGUCUGUUUGUGAGAGAUUGCUUAUAGCUGUGAAGGACUUGGUGAAUAUGCAAAUGGAGCUGGUUGAAGUAAACCAGAAGGACAAUAAGGCUGCUAUGUCAAAUCUACAGAAAGAACUUCAACAGAAAGAUAUCCAGGGAGAGAAAAUUUGUAGGGAGCUAGUUAGUCAGAUCAAAGAAGCUGAAGCUGUUUCGAGUAAUUACUUGCAAGAGCUUCAGCUGGCAAAGGUUCAGGUAAAUGAUUUACAAAGAUAUGUGAAGUUAAUGGAAGAGGAGCAAACUAAAUUGGAAGAUAAAAUAAAAGAAUUGCAAGAUCAGGGAGCUUCCCUUGCUGAUGCUCAGAACAGAGUUGAAGCACUUGAAGGCAUGAUAGCUGCAAAGGAACAAGAAAAUGAGGCACUGAUGCAAGCGCUUGAUGAAGAAGAAGCUCAAAUGGAAGAUAUGUCAGCCAAGAUUGGUGAGCUUGAAAGAGUUUUGGUGGAAAAGAAUAAAGAUGUGGAGAGACUUGAAGUUUCGCGUGGGAAGGCUCUGAAGAAGCUUUCUGUCACAGUAAGUAAGUUUGAUGAACUCCACCAUCUAUCUGAAAACCUGCUAUCUGAGGUUGUGUCACUACAGUCACAGUUACAUGAGCGAGAUGGAGAAGUAUCAUUUUUGAGGCAGGAGGUUUCUAGAUGCACCAAUGAUGCACUAGCUUUAAGUCAGACAAGCAGCAAACAAAACAGUGCUGAAAUUUAUGGCUUGUUGACGUGGUUAGACAAGACAAUUUCUGGUCUGCAAGAAAGUGAUGCAAUUCUUGAUAAUGCAAAAGUUAAUCAUGUCCAUGAAUAUCAAGAAAGUCUACAGAAGCAACUCUUGUCUAUUGUGUCUGAACUGGAGGGUCUACGUGCUGCUACACAAAGUAAAGAUCUGCUGUUAGAAGUGGAGAAAGCUAAAGUAAAAGAACUGUCACGAAAAGAAGAUAUUCUUGAAAAUUCCUUGCACGAGAAGGAUGCUCAAUUGGCCAUACUAAGAGCUGGAGACCCUAGACCUGUAACUAGUACAAGCUCAGAGGUUGUGGAAAUAGAACCACUGAACAACAAGUGGGUCCCACCUGGAUCAGUAGUCACUUCUCAAGUUCGCAGUUUGCGGAAAAGCAAUAAUGACCACGUUGCUAUUGCGGUAGAUGCGAAUCCUGUUGGUGGGGUGUUGGAAGAUGAAGAUGACGAUAAGGCACAUGGUUUCAAGUCACUUACGACCUCUAGAAUAGUUCCCAGAUUUACAAGACCACUGACAAACAUGGUAGAUGGUUUAUGGGUGUCUUGUGAUCGAGCUCUAAUGCGACAACCUGCAUUGCGGCUUGGUCUAAUAUUAUAUUGGGCUGUUUUACAUGCUCUUCUUGCAGCUUUUGUUGUGUGAAAAACUGUACAGGUUCCUGUGUUGUUUUGGUUUGGCAGCAGGGGGGAUCCACAAUUUAUUCCUCUACCGUGUCCCUUCAAUGGAUUUUGUUGGGGUUAAAUUUGCGGCGAAUUCCUUAUUUUGGUCAACCUGGAAUUCUGAUUUGCACGGUCAAAAGUCAGUGUCUCCAUUCCAAUAAGAACCAUAGCAGUAGGGCAUAGAAUGAGAUUGUGUAGACAGCAAUAUUUUUUUACAAAAAAACAGGAACAGGUUUUUAUAGAAAACCUCAGGUAUUCGUAUUAUAUGGCAAUUGUAAUUUCUUAUCCCCAUUUUCACUGGUGCUGGUGUAGUAUAUCACUAAUUCACUAUAUUGUAAGUCAACAGUGAUCAAUUAAAUGACAAUUUUAUUUAUGGCAUACUUCAAAUAAAAAGAUCGCUUAAUGUGAGUUAUGUUAAUUAUACUUUUACUUUGUUGCGUUGAGUUUUGUGUUCAAAUGUUGCACUUUUUAGCAAUUCUAAAAAGUGUGGUAGUUGA